UUUUAGUUGUUUCUCUCCGUUUGUCCAGAAAUCCAAAAAAGAAAGAGCACCAAUCUCUCUCUCUCUCUAUCUUUCUCUCUCCAUAGUCCAUACUCCUUUUUCUCUCUCUCCCUCUUUCUCUUUCUCUCUGGCGAGGAGGCCUCAGGCAUCUCGCCGGAGAAUUUCAUAGAUUCCGACGCCGGAAAACCCGAAGGAGAAAGAGGGAUGCAGAGAGAAACAAACGUGAAACUUGUGGGAGGAGAAAUUUAAAAAUCCAAAAAAAAGGAAGGAAGGAAAUGAAGGCAUAAAAGAGAAGAAAAUUAUGGUUAACGUGCAAUGCAGGGAAGAAAGGGGCAUCAAAGAAGGCUUAAGAGGAUCUUGCACGGCACAGAUGCCUACAUGAUCCUUUCUCCAAUCCAAUCCCCUUGCCUUCUGCCGUAAUUUAUUCCAUUUUUUUUUUUUAUAUCUCUUCUUCUUCCUAUUGGUUUUGAUUUAAAUUCCUCCUCCUCCUCUCUUGAGUUUCCCCAUCUCCUCCUCUCUCUCUCUCUCUCUCUAGUGGUGGUUGUUGUUCGUCUCUUCCGCAAUAACUGCGAUUUCCACGUCUGUGUUUUCGCCUCCUCUCUGAUCGGUCAAUUGCCGGAGCUCGGACGGUGAUUUCGCACCUGCAAGUUCGUAAGUCAAAGUUUCGUCAUGCCAUCUGAAGUAAUGGACAUUAAGGGCCUGUCAUCUUCUUCGUUCUUCUCCGAAGAUUUCCCAAACGAGAGGCAGGUUGGGUUUUGGAAGUCAGAUAACAUGCCAGAUAAACACGCCGGUGAGAAGUCACUUGCAUCAUCAUCUCUUGAGAAGUGUCAGACGGUGAAAUCUCUGGAUCACCCUGAUUUUUUCUUAAUGCCAGAACAAAAGGUGAAACCCAGCUUCAAUAGACAAGCAGUUGGGGCAGAGAGAGCCUUAAGUCAUUCGUUGAAUUUAUCGAGAGCCGUGAGCCUUGACUCGGGAGUAAUAUCUAAUGUAAAUGUUGAGACAGCAUCUUACUAUGCGGAAGGUGGCAAAGUCAAUAUGAUGGGAACGCAGUAUGAGAGUAGCCUUUUCUCGAGUUCAUUAUCUGAGUUGUUUAGUAGGAAGUUGAGACUAUCGUCAAACAAUGCACAAUAUGGACAUUCUGUUGAUAGUGUUGCCUCAAACUAUGAGGAAGAGGAAAUUUUUGAGUCCCUUGAAGAAAUGGAGGCCCAAACCAUCGGAAACCUUCUCCCUGAUGACGAUGAGUUGCUUUCUGGAGUUACCGAUGGGCUCGAGUAUAAUGUUCCACUCACUGCUGGGGAUGAUAUUGAGGAGUUGGAUUUUUUUAGCAGUAGUGGAGGGAUGGAUUUGGGAGACGAUGGUUUGUCAGCUGGACUAAACAAUUCUGAUUGUCCUGGAGGAGUUUCGAAUGGUCUGCAAUGCAGUGGUUCAGUAGCUGGAGAACACCCUAAUGGUGAACACCCUUCUAGGACAUUGUUUGUGAGAAAUAUAAAUAGUAACAUUGAAGACUCUGAGUUGAGAACCCUGUUUGAGCAAUACGGAGACAUUCGGACUCUUUAUACAGCCUGCAAACACCGUGGGUUUGUUAUGAUAUCAUAUUAUGAUAUUAGAGCAGCCCGGAAUGCGAUGAAAGCACUCCAGAACAAACCAUUGAGGCGCCGGAAGCUUGACAUUCAUUACUCGAUUCCAAAGGACAAUCCUUCUGAGAAAGAUGUUAAUCAGGGCACUCUUGUGGUAUUUAACCUUGAUUCUUCUGUUUCUAAUGAUGAACUUCGUGAGCUUUUUGGUGUCUAUGGGGAAAUCAAAGAGAUCCGUGAAACACCAAAUAGAAGUCAUCACAAGUUUAUCGAAUUUUAUGAUGUUAGAGCUGCAGAAUCUGCUCUUAAUGCCAUGAACAGGAGUGAUAUAGCCGGGAAGAGGAUUAAGCUUGAGCCAAGUCGUCCUGGAGGUGCAAAAAGGAGCUCGGGGCUACAGUUACCUCAAGAGUUAGAGCAGGAUGAUUGUGGCCUUUAUUUUCAGCAGAGUAGUCCUCCUAGUAACUCUGUUACUGGUUUCUCUGGUGCAAUUACAUCCUCUGGCACAGAUAAUGGAGCUAUUAUGACUGUACACUCUGCAGCUCCAUCUUUUGAGAACAUGUUUCAUGGGAUCUCAUCUAGUGUACCCAACAGCCUAUCUUCUAUGAUGAGAGUUGAAUCAGCAGUCAGUCAGUCUGGCCAUACUGAGUCCAUUCAUUCAGCAAGCCCGCUGAAAUUUGACAUCCACGGCUCACCAGCUUUUCAUCCUCAUUCACUUCCAGAGUAUCAUAAUGGUUUAACUAAUGGCAUCAACUGCAAUUCAACAGGCAGUGUAUCUGCAAGUAUCAAUGUCAGACCACCAGACAACAGGCACUUUACCGGAGUCUCAAGUGGGCACUCACGUGAACUUAAUGAUAGUGCUUUUGGAUCUAUGGGUAACGUGAACUGCCCUAUUCCUGGACAUCAUUAUGCAUGGAACAAUUCCUUUCAGUCUCAGGCUCCAGGAAUGAUGUGGCCAAACUCACCAUCAUUUGUUAAUGGAAUUUCGGCAGCCCAUCCCCCACAGCGGAUGCAUGGACUUCCUAGAGCACCAUCUCAUAUGUUAAACCCAGCAAUGCCCAUAAAUAAACAUCAUGUGGGUUCAGCACCAGGGGCUAACCCAAUGUGGGACCGGAGACAAGCAUAUGCAGGGGAAUCCCCCGAGUCAUCUGGAUUUCAUCCAGGCUCUCUUGGGAAUAUGAGAAUGCCAAAUAACUCACCUCAUUCGUUGGAAUUUGUUUCUCAUAACAUGUUUCCUCAUGUUAAUGGAAAUGGCAUGGAACUGCCAAUUCCCCACAAAAAUGCAGGACUCCAGGCCCAUCAUCAGAGGUGCAUGAUGUAUCCUGGAAGAAGUCAGAUGGUUCCUGUUAUGAAUUCAUUUGAUCAACCUACUGAACGUCCGAGAAGUCGUAGAAAUGAAGGCAGCUCUAAUCAGGUUGACAACAAGAAACAGUAUGAACUUGAUAUUGACCGCAUUAUGCGAGGGGAUGACAACAGAACAACACUUAUGAUAAAGAAUAUUCCGAACAAGUAUACCUCAAAGAUGCUUUUGGCUGCAAUCGAUGAGCGCCAUCGUGGAACAUAUGAUUUCAUUUAUCUGCCAAUUGAUUUUAAGAACAAAUGCAAUGUGGGGUAUGCAUUCAUCAAUAUGACUGAUCCGAGACAGAUUGCUCCAUUUUAUCAGUCAUUCAAUGGGAAGAAAUGGGAGAAGUUUAAUAGUGAGAAGGUGGCAUCAAUUGCUUAUGCUCGAAUUCAAGGCAAAGCUGCUCUGAUUGCACAUUUCCAGAACUCAAGCCUGAUGAAUGAGGAUAAGCGAUGCCGUCCCAUUCUCUUCAAUACUGAUGGCCCCAAUGCAGGUGAUCAGGUGCCUUUCCCGAUGGGUGUUAAUGUUCGUACGAGAACUGGAAAGUCUCGAACAACCACCCAGGAGGAGAGCCAUGGAGGGAGCCCACCGAACUCAGGAGAUGGGGAACAUUCUUGUAAUGGAGGAUCAUCUGCAGGUUCUAAGGACUCGGACUAAGAAACCCGCUUUUUUUUUUUGGGGUUACUAACCUUAUAGGACUGAAAAUCUAAUUUGCUUCCACCCUGAAUCAUGGCGAAAUAUGCAUGGGUGGCUAAAGAGGGGCCAAUGAAAGUAUCUAUCCGAGUUUCUUACCAGCCUGCUUAAAUUUAGAGGACUGCUUAGCCAAUACUAAGCAAUUUUCUUUACUAUUUUUGUGUUUAAUUCCGAAGCAGUUUAGGAUAAAAACAAAAAAAACGAGAAAAGAAGUAUAGGAGCAUCUGAAGAGCUUCAAAAAUUUUGGAUGGACUUAAGAGUUAAGAGUAUUACUUUUUAAGAGGAAACAAGAAAUAUCUAUGUAUAGGAGUUACUGUGCAGAGAAGAGAUUGUCUGUUGUGGAUUGAUGACGAGGCCCACAACUGCUCUAUCUUUUUUCCCCCAACCCUGCAAAUUUUUUUUUUCGGGUGGUUAUCUGUAAUUUAAAUUUAGUUCCUGGGGCUUGGAACCCAUCUGUAACUAUUAAGGUGUAAGAGUGAAAAUUUUUGAAAUGUCAUUGUAACUUGUAUCAGAUGUAUAUUGGUUAUUAAUAAAUAUUUUUUGGAUUUAUAAUUA